AUGCUUCUACCGAAGUUCUGCUAUCUCUUUCUCUUCUUUCUGGGCCUCGUUGCGACUUCGCCGGUGGCUCUAGAAGAAAGAAGCCUACUUGAUCCCCGCGCUCCCAACCUUGACGAGAUUGUCGAGAAACAAGAGAUCGAAAACGUCAAUCACGGCGAGUCAGAAAGGACGAAGACUUUCCGGGUCUAUCGCUCUGUCGUCACCUUUAAAGAUGGCAAUAAAGUCCAAGAUAAACACAUUGUUGGUCUUGCCAAAGCCGGCUGGGACAAGAUGAAUGCUUUGUUCGAGAAAGAGCUGGAAGAAGAAGAUGCCAAGGACAAAGAGAACCACAAAAAGGACAAGAACAGCAAAAAGAAGAAGAACCUCAACAAGGGAGACAGACCACACGUUAUGACUGCUAUGAAGGUAGGCAAUAAGGUCUAUCUUGCAUCAAGUAUCAAAGGCGGCAAAGGCAACUAUAUCUACCAGACCUUUGAGGGCGAUGACCAAUACAAUGGCAAAUUCACCACCGUUUUGGACAACGCGAGGGCGGGGGAUGUCAAAGAAGCAUUGAUGGCAGUCAGCGCCGAGAGCCAAGAUACGGUUAAAAAGACUACGGAUAAGGACAAGCAGACUGAUCCCAAGAAGGACAAACACACUGCUCCCCAGGUGGGUAAAAUGACAAGCGGAGAACCAUCUGCCGCGGGCUCGUCAAGUGGCCAAGGGGUAACAAACAGGAGGAGGCCGGCAAAAAAUCCAACGAUCUAUCAGCAUACGAACAAUGCCGGCUGUGGCGAGGUGAUGGCAUCCAUCGAGUAUCACAUGACUGCCGAAUCAGACCACAAACUAAAGGGCAAGUCUCCUAAGCCAAAGAUCGUUGCAUGGGAAGGAGAGGAUAAGAAGGGUGAACCGUACAAAAACGAGUUCAACGGUCAGAUCACAGAUGAGAUGACAGGCCAGAUGAAGGAGCCAUCUGGUAAGGAACACGAGAACGAUGGAUGCGGGGAGGGCUGGGGCUGCAAGGCUUUUACUGGGCAAAAAGGCAUGAAUUUCGACGUGAUCAAGUCCGUCAAAAAACUGACUGAUAAACACAUAAUGCUUCCUCGCGCAAACGACUUUCCUGAGAUUGUGGACAUAGCUUAUCCCAAGUUUCCCGCGCCCGAAAAGUAUAAGCUACCGGAGCCAGAGACAAAGGGCAGCAGGGGCGGCAGCAGCGGCAGCAGGGGCGGCAGGGGCGGUGGCAGGGCCGGCAGAGGCGGCGGCAGGGGCACGACUCACUGA